ACUAAGUAUACUAAUUCAAGAUUUGAAUAAAUAAAUAUUUGCUCUAAAAUAUUUUUUCUGGGCUCUUCCCUUCUUAUCACUGCGAUAACUCUCCCUAAACACACAAUCUUAGUAGCAAAAGUCGCAGAAAUGGCAAAGUUUGAUUAUUACUGGAGAGACUACUAUGGAGAAAUCCCUGAUGAUGCUCUUCCUGGAGGUUAUGAUCGAAACCUAGAACCUACCUACAUUGGUCAACUUUUCGUUUUAAAUAAGGGUUUAUUAACUACGAGGAUAUACAAAGGACAGAAGUGUGUGACAGCUUCUAAAGAAGGAAUUUAUACUUCAUCUGAAGCAAUCAAGAUUUUGUGUAGUACCCAACCGGAAAAAUUCCGCUGGAUUUCUUCCACAGCUUCUGAUUUACAUGUUGAAAGUAUAGGUAAACACUUGGUCGUAGGAGGCUACGAAAAUGGUAAAAUCCUGAAUGUCGGAAGAGGUUCAUACCAGGAGGAAGCGAUAGUGGGAAAAGUUUGCAGUUAUAAUAUCGGAAAAGCUUUAAUGUAUUUUCCUUACAAAAAUGAAGAAAUUAACAUGGAUUCGUACGAAGUACUAAUUUACGAUAAUAAUAAUAUUGAUGAUAUUGAUGUACGUUAAAUUUCUUAAAAUAAACCUUGCAAGUA